AUAAUACACAGAGGCACGGUUACAGAUAUAAGAUAUCAAAUGGGAGACUUAAAGGCAUUACAGAUUGGAAGCAGACAAAAGGUCCUUUUAAGUCAGUUGGUGAAGUCCUAGAAGUAGACGGAUUUGGAGAAAAAGCCUUGAAGGACAUUUGCAAACGAAUAGUGGAUAAUAAUUUAUGCGAAACUAAGUUGGCAAAUGCCAGGCAGUAUAAAAAUAUAAAAAAUCUAGUGCUUCCCGAACUGAGUUCGACGUUGACACAGACGUUAGAAGAUGUAGUUGCUAUUCAUCUAGACCCUAGUGGUAUAGGGUGGUCGAAAAUUAAAAACCAACACAAUCUGGUCACUGAUUGGGAAUAUCGGAACUUUAGUUCCUUGCCUGCAAAAAUGUUGCCUUCAGACGCAUUUUAUCUGGCUUUGGAUAUUGUGAAAGCAAUACCCAGUGGAGAUUUGUACAUUUUCGAAGCACCCCCUAUUUUAAGCCCUCAAAAUCUGACUAAACAUGGUGUUGUUGCGACGCACAAUCAGCAUGUUGAACUGCAAUCAAUGUUACUGACAUUGUUGAAUACAAGUGAAGUUCACAAUAAGUUUUUGGAAACAAUUGCAGAUGAUAAGUUUUAUUCUAGAGAACUUCCAAAUGUAGUGUUCUAUUUAAAAAAUAAAGUUGCUGCUAGACUGUUUAAGACACUGAUUGGAUAUGAAAAAGUAUCUGCAAUAACCGCCAUUACUGGAAUAGUAAAAGAUGAUGCAGGAAUAGUAACUUUACUGCCAUGCUCACCUGUUAAAUUUGAUUGCAAUGUGUAUACAGCGUUCUUAAAUCAAAGUUCCGCUAAUAAAGAGUUAUUGGCUCAAGCUUUAAUGUUGGCUGUUAGUUUUAUGGACUUGUGUAUAUAUAAAAAUGUUGAUAGUUACGAUGCUUUAAAACCAACACGAAAGAAAAAGUAGAAUAGCUUCUACUGUAAUAACAUGAGUUGUGUAUUUUAUUAUUACUAUACUUAAAAUAUACCAAACAUUAAAAGUU